AUGCCGCUGCGGCAGGUCCAGACGCCACAAUUUUUGGGCCAAAAUGGGAGGAUCGAGGGGGGUCAGAGCCGGUAUAUUUAUACUCCCUUCUCCUCCGCCGACCUUCUUAACUGGAAGACCCAUGUCGCCUCCUAUACUGAAAAACCAGAAGACCUCACCAAUUUGCUUACUAGCAUUAUGGGAACCCACAGCCCAACCUACCUGGAUUGCCAACAGCUCCUCCUGACCCUCUUUACAACAGAGGAGCGUCAGCGUAUUUUAAGGGCGGCCAAGAAGAAGGCCGAGGAGGCUACCCACGCUGAUCAAGCCGACCGUGCCCGGUGGCUAGCAGAGCACUUCCCAGAGACUGACCCCGCCUGGGACCCGAAUAAUACAGAUCAUAUGAACCUCCUGAAGUCCUAUAGGGGUUAUUUGCUGGCGGGCCUGCAGGAGGCAGGGAAAAAGGCCACCAACAUGACAAAAAUUGGGGAGGUUCUCCAGAAGCCCGAUGAGGCCCCGGGAGCCUUCCUUGAGCGCUUGUAUGAGGCCUACCGCUUGUACUCGCCUUUUGACCCUGAACAUCCCGAUAAUCUACGCAUGGUAAAUUGUGCCUUUGUAAGUCAAGCAGCUAGUGACAUUAAGCGAAAAUUGCAGAAGCAAGAAGGCUUUGCCGGCAUGAACAUUACUCAGCUGUUGGAAAUAGCUCAGAAGGUGUUUGUUAAUCGAGAGCAGGAAACCAAAAGGGCCGAAGACCGCAAGCUUAAAGUGAAAGCGGCCUUGCUGGCUGCCGCCAUAGGGGCCCAUGGUGGAAAUCGAGGCCCUCGGGAGGGGAGGCAGACUCGGGCAAGACACCCGGCGGGACCAGGGAAUGCCCGAAAACCCCUGGCCCCGGACGAAUGCGCCUUUUGCCACGAUUUUGGCCAUUGGGCCGAUUCCUGCCCGCAGAAGGGACAAAUCACCCCCUUUCCGGGACGAAGAGGGGAAGGCGGCCGCGGUAGACCACUGGGGGCUGAAUAUUCUGUUGUAAAUACUCCGGUGGCGCCUACCACUAAACAGUCAAUUCCGAUUGCCGGGGCCACCGGACAGGUGGCCCGAAGAUCGUUUUUGCAAGACCGCCUUUGUGAUUUGGGCACCCACCUAGUCCGCCACAAGUUCCUCUAUGUUCCUGAGUGCCCCCUGCCCCUGCUGGGCUGGGAUGUCUUAUCUAAGCUAAGGGCGGCUAUCUACUUUGAGGAGGACGGCCAAGCCACUGUAGAGUUUCGGGCGCGCUCGUCUGGCAUUCUGGUGCUCACCUGCCCCAUGGAAGAGGAAUGGAGGCUCUUCCAGUCAUCCCCAGAGAAGGGUUUGUCUGACCAAUGGGCUUCCAUCGUCCCAGGGGUAUGGGCAGAGGAUAAUCCACCGGGUCUGGCCCGUCACCAUGCCCCCAUUGUUAUUGAACUUUUGCCCGGUAUCCAACCAGUCCGUUUACGGCAGUACCCUAUCCCCUGGAGAGCUAUUGAGGGGAUCCAGAAACAUUUGGAUAGACUUUUGAAGUAUGGCAUUCUUAAGGAGUGCCAAAGCCCAUGGAAUACCCCGCUGCUGCCGGUUCAGAAACCUGGCACUGGCGAGUUCAGGCCUUGUCAGGAUCUCCGGGCGGUGAAUCAGAAGACCGUGACUUUGCACCCGGUGGUACCAAAUCCGUAUGUGUUGUUGGGGCUGGUGCCUCAGCAGGCCAAUUGUUUCUCGGUGCUGGAUUUGAAGGACGCGUUCUUCUGCCUACGAAUAGCCCCCCUGAGCCAGCCCAUUUUUGCAUUCCAGUGGCAGGAGCGGGAUACAGGCAGAAAGCUCCAAUACACCUGGACCCGGCUUCCCCAGGGUUUCAAAAACAGCCCCACCCUCUUUUCAAACGCGUUGGCCCAGGAUUUGCAGGGGUUUGAGGCGACUCCAGGGACGUGCGUCCUAAUCCAGUAUGCUGAUGAUUUGUUGGUUGCCGCCCAAGGACGAGACCGCUGUCACCAGGCGACUCUGGAGCUGCUGGAGCUGUUGUGGAAGGCGGGCUACAAGGUGUCCCGGAAGAAGGCCCAACUAUGCCAAGAUCAAGUUAAGUAUCUGGGGUUCCAUGUGUCUCAGGGUACUCGGUCACUGGGCCAGGAGAGAAAAGAGGCCAUCUGCGCCCUGGCCGAACCUACCUCGAGGCGACGUGUCCGGGAGUUCCUGGGAGCGGCGGGGUUCUGCCAAGUAUGGAUCCCGAAUUUUGCCCUAAUAGCGAAGCCCCUCUAUGAAGCCACCAAAGGGGGGGAACGGGAACCGUUUUUGUGGGAGGCUGAACAGAAAGCCGCCUUUUACGAACUAAAGAAAUUACUGAUGGGAGCCCCUGCCCUCGGGUUGCCUGAUGUGGAGAAGCCCUUCACCCUGUUUGUCCACGAGCGGAACGGCGUGGCGAUCGGGGUCUUGACCCAGGCUUUGGGAUCAUGGCAGCGACCGGUCGCCUACCUCUCAAAACAACUCGACUCGGUGGCCAAGGGUUGGCCUGCCUGUCUUCGGGCCGUUGCGGCUACUGCAGAGCUCAUAAAGGAAGCCGAUAAACUGACCUUGGGACAGGAGCUGGAGGUGAAGGUGCCCCACGCGGUGCUUACUCUGAUGGACUAUAAAGGAAAUUACUGGUUCACAAAUAGCCGCAUGACCAAAUACCAGGCGAUGAUGUGUGAAAACCCCAGAAUUCGUUUAACUACUACAGGGGCCCUAAAUCCCGCCUCCUUGCUCCCGGUCAGUGACCAACCUUGCGACCACGAUUGUAUCCAGACCAUGGAUGAGGUGUACUCUAGCCGCCCCGAUUUGACAGACACCCCCUUGCCGACUCCGGACGUUGAAUACUACACGGAUGGGAGCAGCUACAUGCAAGAUGGAAGGCGGUAUGCUGGCUACGCGGUUGUUACCUGUCAGAAAACCAUUGAGGCCGAACCACUGCCAGUAGGGACAUCGGCCCAGAAGGCCGAAUUGAUUGCCCUAACACGAGCCCUGGAGUUGGCGGAAGGAGUGACCGUGAACAUCUACACGGAUUCCAAGUAUGCCUUUCUGACUUUGCACGCUCAUGGGACACUGUACAAAGAAAAAGGACUCAUAAACUCGGCGGGAAAGGCUAUUAAGUAUGGGGCGGAGGUUUUGAGGUUGCUGGAGGCUGUGUGGGCACCAAAGAGGGUCUCCGUGAUGCACUGCCGAGCUCAUCAAAAACCUCUUAGUCCAGUGAACGUGGGGAACCGCAGGACUGAUGAGGCGGCCAAACAGGCCGCCACAAGGGGAGCCGGAAGGGAGGUGGAGCGGCCUACUUGCCCUAUAUUUCAGGUUCCGCUGGCAGAUUGGUCCCCCCGGUACAGUGCGGCAGAGGAAGCCUGGGCCGAAGCCCAGGGCGCCUCCCAAGCACGGGUGCGGGGUUGGAUCCAGUUGCCCGACCAACGGCUGUUCGUGCCGGAGGCACUGGCUUGGCCCCUGGUGAUCCAGGCUCAUGAGGGAACACAUUUUGGGAAAACAUCACUAGCCGAAUUGCUGGAUAGGCAGAUGUAUAUUUCAAAGCUGCAUAGCCUGUGUGAGAAGGCAGCUCUUAGGUGUGUUCCGUGUGCUCGUAACAACCCCCGACAGGGCCCAAGUCGCCCCCCGGGAAUACAGCACACUGGAACAACCCCUUGUGAGUCCCUCAUUACUGAUUUUACUGAAAUGCCUCAGUCAGGGGGUUGGAAGUAUUUGCUUGUGUUUGUAUGUACCUUUUCUAAUUGGAUAGAAGCGUUUCCCACUAGAACAGAAAAAGCGUCCGAAGUGGUGAAACACUUGCUCAAAAACAUUUUGCCUUUCUGGGGUCUCCCUGUGACAAUCUCUUCUGAUAAUGGCUCAGCCUUCAUCCAUAGGGUGGUGCAGAGGGUUUCCCAGGAGUUACACAUUGACUGGAAACUGCAUGCCGCCUAUCGGCCCCAAUCCUCGGGUAAAUGUGAACGGGCGAAUAGAUCAAUAAAAGCCCAGCUAUCUAAGUUAUGCCAGGAAACUACCUUGAAAUGGCCCGACGCCUUGCCCAUUGUCUUGUUCCGACUGCGGUGCCUACCCAAGAAAGGCCUUAAACUCAGCCCCUAUGAAAUUGUUUUCGGGAGGCCACCCCCCAUUACCAAGGGGAUAAGAGGGGAUCCGGCCCAGAUUGGGAACCUUGUUUGGUUCCAGGAGAUACAAUCCCUGGGACAGGCAAUGAAUGAAGUGUCUAAAUAUGUGUUGCAGACUCUACCGUUGCAGGUUCACAACCCUGUCCAUCCGUUUCAGCCUGGAGACGAGGUGUGGGUCAAGGUUUGGAGGACCCAACCGCUCCAGCCAAAGUGGAGAGGCCCGUUUACCGUUUUGCUCUCCACCCCGACUGCAGUUAAGGUCCAGGGACUGGCCCGGUGGAUUCACUGGACCCACCUGAAGCAAGCAGCCCCCGAGUGGCGCGUGCAAUCCGUUCCAGGGACUGGACUGAAACUAAAACUCCGCAGGAACCGUCAACUGCCUCCUCUGGACCCUUGCCUACCGGGACGGCAGGGUUCACAGGCAACUUAA